GUUUCACAUCAAGUACCAGACUCCCCUUGGGUACUGCACUGCGUGCUCACCCAUUUUAUGUCCAGGUUUCUACCAUAAUUUCUAUUGACUCGGACGUCUUCGCCCAAUUGCCGCCCUGUCGGCUUCACCCUCUCUGUGUUCUUGGCAAUCAUAGUGUAACUUGAUUACCGUAGCAUGGCGAUCUGGGUGCAAAAGUGCCUAGCGGUCUUGCAGAGGUGUCUCCCCGGUCAUUCUAAUCGAUCAACAACUCUCCACAAUCUUGCUGUCAGCUUUCAUGUCAAAUUUGACCAGCAUGGCACCCUGGCUGACCUUGAUGAGGCCAUUGAGCUCUAUCGGACUGUACUACUCCUUCGUCCCCCUGGUCAUUCUGUUCGAUCAGUGUCUCUCAACAAUCUUGGCCUCUGCCUUCAUGAAAGAUUCAAGCAGCGGGGCGUCCCGUCUGACCUUGACGAGGCCAUCGAGCUCUACCGGGCUGCACUACUCCUUCGUUCCCCCGGUCAUUCAUUUCGAUCAUCGUCUCUGAACAAUCUUGCAAACAGCCUUCAUGACAGAUUCGAGCAGCGGGGCGUCCCGUCUGACCUUGACGAGGCCAUCGAGCUCUAUCGGGCUGCGCUACUCCUUCGUCCCCCCGGUCAUUCACUUCGAUCAUCGUCUCUCAACAAUCUUGCCAUCAGCCUUAAAGACAGAUUCAAGCAGCGGGGCGUCCCGUCUGACCUUGACGAGGCCAUCGAGCUCCAUCAUGCUGCACUGCUCCUUUGUCCCCCUGGUCAUUCUGAUCGAUCGUUGUCUCUCAACAAUCUUGCCAUCAGCCUCAAAGACAGAUUCGAGCAGCGGGGCGUCCCGUCUGACCUUGACGAGGCCAUCGAGCUCCAUCGGGCUGCACUACUCCUUCGUCCCCCCGGUCAUUCACUUCGAUCAACGUCUCUCAACAAUCUUGCAAACAGCCUUCAAAACAGAUUCGAGCAGGGGGGCGUCCCGUCUGACCUUGACGAGGCGAUCGAGCUCCAUCGGGCUGCACUACUCCUUUGUCCCCCCGGUCAUUCUGAUCGAUCAUCAUCUCUCAACAAUCUUGCCAUCAGCCUUCAUGACAGAUUCGAGCAGCGGGGCGUCCCGUCUGACCUUGACGAGGCCAUCGAGCUCCAUCAUGCUGCAUUACUCCUUUGUCCCCCCGGUCAUUCUGAUCGAUCAUUGUCUCUCAACAAUCUUGCAAACAGCCUUCAAAACAGAUUCGAGCAGCGGGGCGUCCCGUCUGACCUUGACGAGGCCAUCGAGCUCCAUCGGGCUGCACUACUCCUUCGUCCCCCCGGUCAUUCUGAUCGAUCAUCGUCUCUCAACAAUCUUGCAAACAGCCUUCAUGACAGAUUCAAGCAGCGGGGCGUCCCAUCUGACCUUGACGAGGCCAUCGAGCUCCAUUAUGCUGCACUACUCCUUCGUUCCCCCGGUCAUUCACUUCGAUCAUCGUCCCUCAACAAUCUUGCCAUCAGCCUUCACGACAGAUUCGAGCAGGGGGGCGUCCCGUCUGACCUUGACGAGGCCAUCGAGCUCCAUCGGGCUGCACUACUCCUUCGUCCCCCCGGUCAUUCUGAUCGAUCAAUGUCUCUCAACCAUCUUGCCCUCGCCUUUCGAGACAGAUUCAAGCAGCGGGGCAUCCCGGCUGACCUUAAUGAGGCAUUUGGACUGUAUGCGCAAGUCUCUCAUAUAUCUCAUGCAGUCUCUCAUAUGGAUCUUACUGCUGCCAAGUCAUGGGCCACCUCUGCCGAGGAGAUGAACCACGACUCUGCAUUGCUUGCCUAUCAAACUGCAUUGAAAUUCCUAGAUCAGCGUGUUACUAUAUUGUCGACUUCUCCACGCCAUUUUGAUGUCGUCAGGAUGGCCACCGCUUCACUUUCCAUGGACGCUUUCUCGUGCGGUGUUCGUCAUGGCAAGCUGGCGACUGCUGUAGAACUGGUAGAGCAAGGCCGUGCAGUAUUCUGGACCCAGUUGGCACGCUUAAGCUCACAAAUCGAUGAACUGUCCCAGUCCGGUGACACUGGCGCGGCCUUGGAGGGAGAGUUCAAGCAGCUGAGCUUUCGCCUUCGUAGCGCGUUUGAUCGGUCUACUGAAGAUCAGUCCCCGGAAAUCCGACAACUGACCAUGCAAUGGGAUGAUGUCGUCUCCCGCAUCCGCAUGCUGCCUGACUUUUCUCGUUUUCUCCUGCCUCCCCUUUUCUCCGACUUACAAAAGGCGGCUGAAGAAGGUCCUGUCAUUAUCGUCAAUGCAAGCCGGUAUGGCUGUGACGCCUUGAUUAUCUUCAGCGCACAAGAUCCUGUCCACGUUCCGCUUGAUAUCGCGCGGAGCGAAGUCUCCGAAUUGUCUUCUGAGUUUCAGUCCCUCGCAGAGGAAUUUGGUGCUAUUGAUUGUCAAAACAAGCUUGCCAGUAUCCUCCGCGAGCUUUGGAGACGUGUUGUUGAUCCAGUGGUCCGAGCGCUUGAGGUGUCUGGAGUUCACCGUCACUCGCGUAUCUGGUGGUGUCCCACUGCUGAGUUCACGCUUCUUCCUCUACAUGCAGCAGGACCGUACGAGAAGAAAAAAGACAAUUUUUCUCAGAUUUACAUCUCCUCUUACACCCCCACUUUGACGACACUCAUUAGGGCGAGACAGCGGGUUUCUCGAGAGACAUCCGCACAGAAUUUUGUUGCCAUCGGUCAAGCGAAUCCGGACAGAGGGAAGGAACUUCGUCAUGUCGCUCCUGAGUUAGCCAUCGUCGCUCAACGUCUCAAGCCCGUAGUCUCUUUCACAUCGCUCGAGGAUAGCGAAGCAACAGUCCAAGGUGCACUUAAUGCACUAAACCAUAAUCAGUGGCUCCAUCUAGCCUGCCAUGGAAUGCCGCAUCACACACAACCGUUCGACUCUUCCUUCGCAAUGCGCGAUGGGCCGUUGAUGAUCAAGGACAUCAUCCGAUCCAACUGGCAGAACCCGGAGUUUGCAUUCUUAUCGGCUUGCCACACUACCGUAGGCCACGAAAAGAGUCACGACGAGUUGAUCCAUCUAGCUGCAGCAAUGCAAUUCUCCGGAUUUCGCAGUGUCAUAGGUUCCAUGUGGUCUGUCGACGACGAGGUUGCACGGCAGGUUGUAACUGGUUUUUAUAGCAACCUGGUCGAUGGAUCAGGGAGAUUGGACUGCACACGCGCUGCGGUAGCUUUGCACAAGGCUAUGAAAUCGUUACGCAAGAAGAUUCCACUAGAACAGCAGAUCGUCUUUAUUCACAUAGGGGUCUAG